GGGAAGAUGCAUGUGGGCGAUGACGAGGGCUGACCCCUUCCCCUUCGCACCCUGCAGGUAUGACUCAGGACGGGAUGGGUACAUCGACCUGAUGGAGCUGAAGCUGAUGAUGGAAAAGCUGGGAGCUCCACAGACCCACCUGGGACUGAAGAACAUGAUCAAGGAGGUGGAUGAAGACUUUGAUGGGAAGCUCAGCUUCCGUGAGUUCCUUCUGAUUUUCCAUAAAGCUGCGGCUGGGGAACUCGAGGAGGACAGCGGCCUGUUGACUCUUGCGAAGCUCUCGGAGAUAGAUGUCUCCAUUGAGGGGGUCAAAGGAGCCAAGAACUUCUUUGAAGCUAAGGUUCAAGCCCUCUCUUCAGCAAGUAAGUUUGAAGCAGAGAUAAAAGCUGAGCAGGAUGAGCGAAAGCGGGAAGAGGAGGAAAGGAAACACCGCCGAGCAGCUUUCAGGGAGCUAAAAUCUGCAUUUACCCAGUAACUAACCAGCCAACAUGCACUCCGAGAUUGAACGUGACUUGGUACGUUUCCCAGAUCAGGGCUCUACCUGGAGAGAACUGCCUGGAUCCUGCCUAAAACUCAUUACAGCUUCGCUAGCCUUCCUCUCCUGAAGAUCCUCCUGAGUUUCUAAGGGCACAACUCUUGCGGUUGCCAUGAGUUCAUAACAGUGUGAAUCGUAAGAGCUGUGUAUGUGCUGUUCGCUCUUAACUGUCGGGAGCACGUCAUCCUGAAGCAGAAAGAGCAGGUAGCAAAUCACGGUGAGCACUGACAGGUGUCGUGUUUGCCGACUUCAUUCUUUCCUUUUUUUCCUAGACACCCUUUUAACUCCUUAUUAAUUCAUUCCUUGCUUACAGGCAAGUAGUGGGGUCUUGUGU